CUCCUGAGUCAGCAGUCAUGGCCCUGCCCAGGGCGCGGGUCUGAGGGUUUAGCCGCCCCAUCUGCGGUGCCUGGGGUGUCAGGAGGAAGACUCCAGUCAGACAGGAAGGCCUGGGGCCGAUAGCACCAGCAGGAAGGAAUGCCACCCGGGUGAGCGAGGGGGGCCCCGGGCAACUCACGCGCCGCCCCUCCCGGUCACGGGGGCGUGGCCUGGCCGCGGCCGCGCUCUUCCCUGCCCGCCUGGCAUCUGCUCUGCGCACACGGCUCCGCGGGCGGCCCACACCGGCCUCCGGACCACAGGGAAAAUCAUGGAAACUUCAGGACCUUCCUCCCAGACUCAAGAUGACAGUCGAGUCCAUGCAGAAACAGAAGACCUAGACUAUGAAGAGACGGAUUUCUACAAGCCAGACAGGGAGGCUGGACUCCUUUCCCAAGAACAACCUAAGAGACACAAGUCUUCUACCUCUUCCUCCUCCUCAUCUUCCUCCUCCUCCUCAUCAUCCUCUUCCUCAGGUACUGAGCAUGAGGAACCUGACCUCUUGAAGGAUGAGCUUCAGCUCUACGGAGGUGCCCCUAGAGAGGUGGUGCCCUCUGGAGAAUCAGGACUCCGAAGAAAAGGCUCUGACCCUGCGAGUGGAGAAGUAGAGGCCUCUGAGUUGAGAAGACUGAAUAUAAAGAAAGAUGAUGAGUUUUUCCAUUUUGUCCUGCUCUGCUUUGCCAUUGGGACCUUGCUGGUGUGUUAUCACUAUUAUGCAGACUGGUUCAUGUCCCUUGGGGUCGGCCUACUCACCUUCGCCUCCCUGGAGACUGUGGGCAUCUACUUUGGGCUGGUGUACCGGAUCCACAGUGUCCUGCAUGGCUUCAUCCCCCUCUUUCAGAAGCUUAGGCUGAUGGGGUUCAGGAAGACUGACUGAGGCCAGUGCUGGGCUGGCAGCCACGCUGGGCCCCAACAUGACCACCACUGCAUCUCCUGAGUGCACGAGGGCAGAGCCACAUCCUGGGAGACACGCAGGCAGGCCAGUCUAGAGCAAUAAAGAGAGCACUUUUCCUUCCAUGUUGUCUGAACGUUGGCACCAGCCUGGACCCAGGUAUCAUUUGGGCAGCACUGGUGUGCAAUCCAGCUGUCAGGAUGGAAGGCAGAGGCAAGGUGCUAGGCCUAUGCCCUUCAUGGUUUCCUGGAUCAGCAGGAGGAUUCUAGGAUGUCACUACUGUCGGGAGACAGUACGAGACCCCUGGGCCCCACAAGCCGUAAUCCGCGUGGGCUCCUGAUUCCUUUCAAAUCCCCAGGCCAUCCAGGUGAGCUCUAAAUCUUGCAGAGUUAUUCGAGGAAACAAAGCCCACUGCCCCGAGGCAGGGAGUCAUCAUGCCAGGCCUCUAGGGUGAACCUGAUACAGGCGAGAUGUUGAAGACGAAACAUCAAGGCAUCUUCUCUAGCCCCAUCACCUACUCCCAGCCCUGCUGCCUUGGAUUUCAUCAAGAUUCAAAUAAAGGUUUUCUUUCCUGGA